GAGCCUGACUUGGCAGCCAGUAAGCUACAAACGCUGGGACGCUAUGAGCAAAAAAAAAAUCUUAACGGUACCUUUGUAUCCAUGUUUCCACCUAUGGGAAUGCGCACCGUGACAGCGCUGGGCAUGCACGCACGGCUUUAGUGCAAGUCGGGAGAGAAAACAAACCUCGCCGCGCUGGGCACCGUGGACCUGCCCGACCAGCAAGACGUUUCACUCCUGCGCUGGCUGUCCGAAGUGACUGAAGGGAGCGAUUGAGAAUGGCCUGUUUCGGCAAGAGGAAGUCUGUCAUUGCCAUGAGCUUGCUGGUGGCUGUGUCUCUCUUCGUCGCCAUGGUGAACUACGCAGAGAAGCCCUACUUUUUACUGCAGCCGGUCUUGGGCCAGGCCUUCAGCAGCCGAUGGGUCUCCUCUCGUCUGCAGCCCAAGGCCUUCAAACCACACGUAGGCUACGUGAGUGUCCCCAAGCAAGAGCCUCUCAAGCUGGACUGUGACGCCUGCAGUAUUGUGUCCAGCUCGGGCCAGAUGCUGGGCAGGGAGGCCGGGCCAGAGAUCGACCAGUCCUCCUGCGUGUGGAGGAUGAACAACGCGCCCACCGGGGGCUUCGAGAGGGAUGUGGGCAGGAAGACCACACUCAGGGUGGUGUCCCACACCAGCGUGCCUCUGCUGCUGCAGAAGCAGCAGUACUUCUUCGGGCAAGCCAACAACACCAUCUACGUCAUCUGGGGGCCCCUGCGCAACAUGCGCAAGGACGGGAAAGGCAUCGUGUACAACAUGCUGCAGCAGGUGGUGGAGAACUACCCCCAGGCCAAGGUCUUCGUCACCACGGAGGAGCGGAUGAACUACUGCGACAAGGUGUUCAAACUGGAGACGGGGAAGGACAGAAUACAGUCGGGAUCCUACCUCAGCACUGGGUGGUUUACACUCAUCCUCGCUAUGGAUGUUUGCCGCGAAAUCCACGUGUACGGAAUGAUUAAUGAGACCUACUGCAGGACCGAUGGCUACAGAAAAGUCCCUUACCAUUACUAUGAAGCAGGGAGCCGGGAUGAAUGUGCUGAGUACCUCUUGCAUGAAACUGCUCCUUAUGGAGGUCACAGGUUCAUUACAGAGAAAUCGGUUUUUGCUAAAUGGGCCAAAACGCAUGCCAUUAAAUUCUCACACCCAGCGUGGACGGUCUCGUGACAACGGUCACUUACAGUACAGCAGCUUCAUCACAAUCAGCACCACCUGAAGAUUACUACCACUGGACGUUUUUUUCUUUUUUCCUUUUUCACUUGAACACAGGAGCCAAUAGACGUUUUUUUUUUACAGGAGGAAAAUGCAACGAGUCUGCAUUGGGACCUUCACCAGGGUGCCCAUAGUUAUCAUUGAAAAAGUCCUUUCUCGAGAGAGAAAGGGAGUCUCCAAAGGACAAUCACAUUUGAAUUGUGUUUUAAACUGCAUCAUUAGAUGCAAUUCACACGCAUUUAAUUAACUGUCAGAUUCCGGACUGAAAAAUCAAAGUGAAGUCACUGGCGUUACGGAUAUGCAGUGUCUGCAAGUGUGUCAUCAAGUCUAGGACAUUCCUUCUGUUUUUGCUGCUACGUUUGUUUUUAUUAUGUCACUAUGAGUACUGUCAGUUGUGACAAUGUUACUUUACUCACGAGAAUGGAAAUGAAGAUAACGCACUCGACUUAUUUGGAGUGAGUUGAGGGUUGUAGGAGUCGUGAACAAGCUCCCCAACUUUAAGCUGAUACCCUGGCUUCUUUCAAGAAAUCAGUCGGCGAGAGCCUUAGAUUAAUUAGAUACUAACUACCGAACAAGCAAGAUGGGACUAACAUGACCUUCCUCGUUUGUAGCCAUUCUUACGGUAUCUUAAUUCCUUGGAGCCUGAUCCUCCUUUCUAAAUUGUUCCAGGGAUCUAGUUUAAUAAAGAUGCGAUUGACUGCCUUCAAAUAUAAACCUUUGUAUACAGGAGCUCAAAUGCCAUAAAGAAUUAUUUUCUUUUCUCCCCCCGGCAAAGUGAACAGACUUUUCUUCUAAACCAGGUCUUCCCAUAUCUUGCCCUAUAGGUCUGUUUAAAUCAUCCACAACCAAAGACAUCAGAAACGUAGUUUAAUUAGCUUAAUCCAGUCUGUAAUUGGCCCAUUUAGUACUCCUGUACAGGUCUGAUACCGCCAAUGUUUUCAGGACACCUUGAAGCCUGCUGGGCUGUUGCUCUCAAUGUCGUGGAGUUGGGGAGCCUCAGUCUAGACAUCAGAAUGACAUCAGGCACCUCUGAUUCUGGCUUCCACCACUGAACCUCAGAUUGUCAGCAGUCUCAGCCGAUCGGAUAAGAAUGCUCCACGAUCCUGAGAGGUUUCACCAGAAGGCUGCCUUCUGUGACUCCCUGAAGGCCAGAGGUCUGUUUGUUUGCCUUACACUAUUAAUUAUUUCAGAAAGCAGUUUCCAUAUGUGUCAUGUACUCCACUCUCUCUAGGUUUCCAUCGUUUUUUAUUCCAUGAAAAUUCCAAAUCCCAACAUAUGGUAGUCUGUGGGGGGUGAAAAAGAGAGCUGUACCAUUGAAAGAAACGCACUUUCCUUGUAGUUUCAACCUGUGCAUGGUACAUCUGAGAUUGUGGGUCUCCAUGAUAAAUAUGAAAUGCAUAUUUCACUCGGGAUGUUAGUGCACGUUUCUCUGCUCUGCUCUGCUCCAGACACAAUCAGCACUGAAGUUUGAAGUUUCUGUUUGAUCAGUACGAAACGUUUGGUGACAGUAAGAGAGUGAGACCAACAUCUUUUUUUUAAUUGCUACAGCGCAGAGGGCAAAUGACUUAGUCCAUAUGUUCUCAUUUAACAGCACAGACGUAGUUAGGUUUUUCCUUUGUUUAUUCUGCAUACGCUACUUGGUAACAAGCAUAUAUCAGUCAUACAAGGAAGGGACAAGCACACCUUUAACAAAAAAGCUUUUCUUGAAAGUAUUUCAGUCACUGUUUAGUUAUAAAAUGUGCCAUUUUGAUUAAGGGGCAAGCUUAAACUCUGUAUCUGCUCUAGGCUAGAGCUAGAUUAAAAACAACAGAGUAUCCAUCCAGUUAUUUUCGUCAUUUUAGGAGUAGUGAUCAUAGUAGUAUAGCAUAGCAGCACAUGUAACAAUGGGAGUUUUUCAAUGCUUUUGCUGUAUUGUUUACUGUAUUGUUUCUAUAAUGUGCCUCCAUUAUGUUGUCUGCUGUAAGAGUUCAGUGCAUUUCCUCGCUUCUGAUCUCUCUGUACAGUAUAUACAGUAUUGUCCCUAUUAAGUAGGGCACUUGAAUACUUUUCCCUUAUUGAGUUUAGCACAGAAAGUAAUAAUACCAAGAUUAGAUUUUCUAUUUAUGAAAACGCAUCAAUCAGUAACUUGUCUUUUUCAAGUUUUCCAAAAUCUGACGUUGCUGUUGUUCUAUUUCCUGUGCACAACAAAGAGUCAUGUGUUGCACAUUAAUGUAUCUAACCUUCUAAAAAGGCCAAAAUGCAGAUUAUUUUCAUCCUGUGGUUUUUGUAUACUUUAUUCUCUUACCUUUCAGUCAUGAAUGUCUAUUUCAUUUAUCCUUUUGCUAUUUAGUGUUUUCAUUUUCUGUUAUUGCAUGUCUUAUAUUCUGUACAUUUUCUAAAGUUCAAUCUACCUACAGUUGUAACAUCUGGCAGCUGUACCAAUCUGCCUUUCACUGUUGCCUUCUGUUGUCUUGACAGCUUCCCAUGAGGAACAAUUUAUGUAACACGUACCUCUCAUCACAGUUCACAUCACUCCGCCUCCUACAUUUGUGAAAUUUAAAUUUGAUGAGUGACUAAAAGUUGAAACAUCUCCAACUCUCAUUUUUCACUAAGGCAGCCAGCAGUCUAUAGUGUUAUUGAGGUGGUUUUUUUCCAUCACUGUUCAUUUUAGGCGUAGAAGUUACUAGGGAGGAAAGUGACCCAUGGACAUAAUGUUACCUGGUCGAGCCAGGGCUUUCCUGUAUAUGAGUAAGCCAAAGCUAAAUGUCCAGUUCUAGAAACUGGGAUAAACAUGGAUGAAAUGUAGGCUUGUUUCAUUGAAAAAAAAGACAGAGAAAUAUUUCUGAAGCUGAAUUAACUGUGAAAUGCAUGUAUCAGAAGCUAAUUUGUGCAGUACCUCCUCUUACCCCCAGAAAGCCCCAGGUGAGCCUCCACUCAAUCGAUAAACCUGGAAAGAAAAGCUGAAGCCUUGUACACAGUAAGUGUUGCUGUUCUAGUUAUUGAGUGAUCCACUUCAACACAACUGCCUUCAAAAUGAAACCCAGCACAAGCAUGUGAGCUCGCUGAUGAAACCAGCAGAGAAAAUGGGUAUUUCUUUGCAUUUUUCAACACCUGUGGUUAUUUUUGGUCUUUAGGCUGCUAACAAAAAAAAAAACCGUCCUGCUUUGAAAUUGUCAGCCAUUGAAUUUUGCCCACCAUCCCACGGUAUUAAUAUCACACAAAUUUCCCACAAGCUGUUGAAUCUGAUGUGUUCUCUUGUGCUUCAGAAGAGUUCCAGAAAUAACUGUGUGAGUGCCUGUGACAAGGAUUCUGACUUGUUUUUAAAACUGUUUUUUUUUUUUUAGUUUUAAGUGGUUCUGAGUGGUGUUCCCAUCAAAAGCAGGAAUCUGUCUCUGCUUCCUGCCUUCAACAGCAGUGCUGCUUGAAACACAACAAACUUAGACAAGUCUUUUUAAAGUAUGCUUUAAAUUUGAAUUCUUAUUUCUAAAGGAUUGUCAUUGCUUUGUUUUAACACUUUAACUGGCGCAAUGACAUUGGCUUUAAAGAGAAAAUAUUUGGCUCACAUUUCACUGAGCAAACGUUGAGAAAACAGUUCCUGUUUUUCGUUACAAGAUAAUUCCACCCUAUGAAAAACAUGUCCGAACAACCUGGAUAAACAGACAGACAAAGGGUUAAGGACAAUUUUUGGUCAAAGUCUAAUAGCAAUGAAAGGAGCCAAGGAUAUAAAGGGUACUUUAUACUUGGGCAUUAAUUUGCCUGGCUGAAGAUCAGCCCUGUCACAACCCUCCUCGCUUGGGAGGAAUGAACCAGGGAGGCAGCUCCAAGGAGGAAGAUGGAGGGAGGGGGGCUAGAAAAGAUCCUUGCAGAGUUGUGGGUGGUCAUUGAGUAUCUAUACGGUACGUAGGAGAACAGAAGUGUGAGAUUUGACCUCCCUCCUGAGCUUCUGCUAAAUGACACGAUUUUUUGUUGUCACAUUUUUGAGCAGGAAAAAAUUAUUCAGUUCAAAAGGUUCUUAAGGUUCGGGUUUGACCUUUGUGUCUUGUGCGUCUUUUGUCAAGCCAAAUGCCUCUGUUGCAGUUUUUUUGUGUAUAGUUGUGUGCGUGUCUGAGUUUUUACUAAGCCACCACAAUCAUCAAAAGAUGCACUAAGGUACUCUUAAAGGCAUACAGUACACCAUACUGAUAUAUUAGAAUUCACCAAAAACUCUUCCACAGAUCUUAAAAUAUUGUAAAAGGUACUCCCAUACCUCAUUAAUAGGUAUUUAGGUUUGGAAGGUUUUAUGUUUUUGGUAAAAACUGUGACGUUGUGAUUAGUAUUAGUGCUGUUCAGUAUUAAACUGUAAUUUUUUUUACUCACAGGAAUUUCCUUCCCUGUUGUCUGUGAUAGGAGUAUUGUGCGAAUCAGGAGUUCAUAUUAAUUAUCACAACUACAGGUAUUUAAACAUAUACUGUAUAUGUUAUACUACUCUCUCUUAAAAGACGGUUAUUAAGAAAAUAACAGAAAAACUUUAAGCCAGCUUGAAAAUUGUUAAAAUUGGAGAGCGUUUAUGAAAGAACAUUAAAUGUUUUCUUCUGUUGGUUAGAUUUCUAGGUUAAAUAUCUCCAACACCCUUUAAAAUCCAGUUUGAAGGGGGUUGGGGGUGCUUAUUUAAUAAGUAAUUCAAGUUUAAAUAAAUUAAUGAACAUAGAAUAUUCUAUAUUUUCUACAGAAUAUAUUGUAGAAUAUGUAAGAAUAUUCUACAAUAUAAAAAAACACAAAAUAGCCCUGAGAGAUUCAGAUAAUUCCAGUUUAUUUAAAAAAUAACUAAUGAAAAGGUUUGUAGUAGUAAAGUAUUAAAUAGUCAAAGUAUAGUAAAUAAAUCGCCCUGUAAUUCUCUGAUCAUAUUCAGAUAUUAAAGUGUCAGCUGAUUAUUGUCUGACAUUGUAGGUAUUAAAGAAAGGUUGAUAAUAUAUUUUUUACCUCAACUUCAUGAAAUUGAAAUAAACUGCAGAAUAUAUUAAUAACAAAAUUACCUUCUUGUGAAUGAACUAAUGAUUAUUGCUCAAUUCUAAUACUGAAAUUAAAUUAGAAAAAUGUAAUAGUUAAGAAAGUGAUUUGGGGGAUAAAAGAAAGGGUUCAAAUUUGCUGAGAAAAGGUUGGUUUAUGUAUCCUUUAGAAAACCUCAAGGCCAGCUCUAUGAAAUAUUAUUUGGUGUUUAGAAUCUUUUUUUAUUUCUGUUAUUUUAGAAAUAGUAUUAAUAAGGUUUUACUUUUUUAUUUUUCUGUCCUUGGUCUGUUCACUUACUGUAGAUUUAGCAAGAGUGGAUCAGCCUAAUAAACAGUAUUGGCCUUUCUUUCUUCUACAGUAACAAAUGGCUUAAAGACCUACUGUAGGUGCAUCUGUUUUCUUUGCUUUGCAAAUGUGUUUAAAACAUUUGGGUCAUGAAAGACAGCCAUUAUGCAAAUUCUGUUUGGUUCUCAUUAAAAUGUAAAUUAAUAUGUAGGACAUUAUGAAAAAAGAGCUUUGUAAAGUGCCUGUUUCCCCAAACCUUAUGUGUAUUUUUUAAUUUGAUAUUUUCAGAUGAAAUUAAUACAAGCUCUUCAGUAUUCACCCCAUGGGAUGCUUGUGGGUAACAAUAUUAGCUCCAUUUACUCUGUGUAGUGUCAAUCUGGUUUGAUGAGGAGAGACAGAAAAAACGAAGUAGUCUUAAGAAGAUUCCUGCUGAGUGGUUAAAAAAAAUACUCGACCUUUGAAUUAAAAAAAACACCUCUGAAACAGUGUUAAUUAGUAAAUGAAGUCAUUUCAAUGUUAAUUCUUUGUGAGUUGAAAAUGAGACCUUAUGUGAUAGGGACAAAUUCCCUUACUGAAGAUACACUUGACAGUGUGUUACAGUAUAAUAACGGCAGGGCAAGGAAAACAUACAAAGCUAAUUUCAGUUCAAAAUCUAAAAAAA